AUGGGAAAACACAUUAAUCCAGGCAAAUAUCUGCUCCCCAGUAAAGUCUCCCCUAGGUGGUGGUGGUGGUGUGUGAUAUCUUUUCCCGACCCGGGGUAUUUCGCCGGGGACUUCCCCAGGCCCAAAGUCGCAGGAGCGGUCACCUGCCAGCGAGGUAGGAGGGGCUUGGCUCUGGGCCGCUGGGACGCGCUCCGCCCGGCGGGCGUCCUGGAGGUGGCGGCGCGGGCCGGCAGGCGGGGCCGGGGGAAGGGGAGGGCUCGGCGAGCGUCGGGCGGUGACGGCAGCGCGGAGGGGAGGUGCGAAGCGCCCGCCCGCCGAGAGCCAUGGCGAGAGGCCGCGGCGCGGCGCCCGCAUCAGUGCCCCGGUCCACAGCAGCGCCCCCGCCCGCCGCCCUGGGGCCCACCCGGCCGCCGCCCCCGCGCACCCAGAGCCCCUGACGGCCGCGCGCCACGAGCGAGACGCCCUCAGAGAGCGGCCGCGCGCGGGAGGGCGGCGCGGGAGGGAGCGCUGGGGUGCCCGAGCGCCCCGACGAACCCCGCGUCCGGAACCUCGGACCCCGAGCCCGGGAGCUUAGAGUCGGCGGGCGGGCAGAGGAAGGAGGAGGAGGCGCCCCAGCCGAGCCCGUCGCGUGCGCCCCGGUGCCGCCCGGCCGGCUGCUGCGGAGGGAACCGGAGCCGCCGGGCGGCCGGGACUCGGCCGAGGACAACGAAGAGGAGGCGGCCAGGAGAGCCGAGCGCCCGGGCAGCCCCGCGCCGGAGGCCCCCGGUAUCACGCCUGCUACGGGGCCGCGCUUCGUGCGCCUCUCGAGGGUUUGGAGAGAAGCAUCAUCCAUGCAUAUGGAGAACCAGAGGAUUUUCGAGGUUCUCCGUCAGUUCCUCUGAUGUUUUGAUUCCCCGUGAGGAGCCGCUGCUGGUGUGCCAGACCUCCUGGGGGCCGUCUGCCCGACUGCCCCUGACUCCGGCAGCGGGGUCCCCGAUGGCAGUGGGCACCUCCCCGUGAAACCUGCCAAGCUGGACGCCACAGCUC